AUGCCCGCCUGCAGGCGAUUGCUGCUACUGCCUCUUCUGUUGCUGGCAGCCGCCGGCGUCACCACGGAUGCUUCGUUCACACCUGUUGUCGAGGCGCUGCACGAGCACAUGACGGCGGACGAGCUGGCGUGGUACUUCGGCGGCGGGGCGCGCGUCUCGGUGCCCGACUACCAGGUCGUCUUCCUGCUGCCCGCUGAGCCCGAGCUCAGCGACGACGGCGGGCCCGGCGAGGGCCACCUCCGCUACAGCUUCAGCGCCUUCGGCAGGUCACAAGGGUUCGUGGUGCUGGACAACGACACGCUGGAGAUCACGCCGCUGAGCGAGAGGCUGCACGCGCUGCUGCGGCAGGCCGUCUCCGCAGACGAAGCCUCAGCAGGCGUGGGCGAGGGCGCUGCAGCCCCCGCCGGCGUGCCGCACAUCGUUCGCCGAGCGCCCUUCAUCGCACCUUCCUUCGCCGGAGACGCGCUUCCGCUUGUGGCUGACAGAGAGGCACUAGUCAACGAAGUAUCUGACAUUUUUGAACCGGAGCGGCAGCGGCGGGGCAAGGCCUCCGGCUACACGGUGGAGGCGGCGCUGUUCUUCGACGAGGCCGCCUACAAGCUGUUCGCGCCCUUCUUCCACAACAGCGACGAGAGGCUACGCGAUAUGUUGCUCGCCUACGUCAACGGGGUGCAGGCGCUGUACCACCACCCCAGCCUGGGCGGCCGGGUGGAGAUCUCGCUGGUGCGGCUGGAGCUGAUGAGCAGCCAGCCCGCCGACCUGCCGCACCACGACGGCGAGCGCGGCGCCCUGCUGGACUCCUUCUGCGCCUUCAGCGAGAAGCACAACCCCAAGAGCGACAGCGACCCCAACCACUGGGACAUGGCGCUCUACGUCUCCGGACUGGACUUCUUCGCGUACGAGAAUGGACGCAAAAGUGGUGUUACAAUGGGUCUGGCAACGGUGGGCGGCGUGUGCCUGGAGAAGUACAACUGCGUGAUCGCUGAGCUGGGCACCACCAACGUGUUCGGCAAGCCCUACCCGUCGGCCGGCUUCACAUCCGUCUACGUGCUGGCACACGAGAUCGGACACAACCUGGGCAUGCACCACGACGGCACCAGCAACAGCUGUCCCAAGGAGGGGUUCAUCAUGUCGCCGUCCCGCGGCACCACCGGCGAGACCCAGUGGUCCACCUGCAGCGCCGACGUCAUACGCGGCCUUGGGAGUGCCAAGUGCCUGUUGGACGCGCCAGGUCCGACGCCCAAGGAGCGCGACCACGCGCGCUUCGACGACCUGCCGGGCACACUGUGGGGAGCCAAGCGCCAGUGCGAGGUACUGCUCAGGGACCCAGACGCAGUCACACACGCCCAGCAGAACCAGGAGGAUAUCUGCCAGAACCUGAAGUGUAGGACGCCUCAUAGGUCUGGGUUUUACUUCGCCGGCCCUGCCCUGGAAGGCACCACCUGUGGGAAAGACAAGUGGUGCCAGGGAGGGUCGUGUGUGCCAGCCAAACGCAAGAAGCCACCCAAGGUCGUGAAGGGGGGCUGGAGCGCCUGGAAACCGGAAGCUUGCACCUCGGGCUGCAUCAUCAAAUCCAAAGGUUUCCAACGGCGGCGGCGCAGCUGCGACAACCCGAAACCCGUUAACACGGAAGAAGGCUGCCCCGGACCCAGCUUCGACGUCGUGCUCUGCAAGGACGAUAAGCUGUGCAAGAAGAGUAAGCGGCAGACGGCGGCGGCGUACGCAACGUCGGCCUGUGGACAGUUCGCCAAGCUGCUGCCAGAACUGGACCCGAAAGCGGCUGGACUGCAGGCGCCGCACGAAACCGCUCGCCUGUGGAUGGGGUGCGCCAUCUUCUGCCGGCGCAAGGACACGGGCUCGUUCUACACGCCGCGGCUGGACCUGAACGACAUGGGCGUGGAUCCGUACUUCCCGGACGGCACCUGGUGCCACAACGAGGCGGGUGUCAACUACUACUGCCAGCAGCACCACUGCCUGCCAGAGACGGGUCGCAUGGGGAAGAGCCUGCCGCCCAGCGAGGACGUGCCGCUGCCGCAGAACGCGCCGCCCAAGCCGGGGCCCAUCCCGGACGAGCUGCUGCGCUACCUGAGCGUGGGGCCGGACGGCAAGCCGCUGCUCACCACGCUGUCGCCCGGCUCCACCAAGCCGCCGCCCGACGAGGACUGGGCCGACCACGACUACCGCGAGCUGCCCGCCGGCGCCACGGGGCGCUGA